UGUUUCCCACUCCACAUACCUCAUUCUACUGUUGGUGAGUCUAUGUUGUACAUUCAGGCAAUUUCGUCCUUUGUUACGAGAAUUCUGCUAACAGGUCACACCGUUGCCUUUACAGAGCAUUAAAGAAACAAAAGCAUUAUGGAAAGCUACUUAAAAAUAUCGGUUUUACUUUGCAUAUAUGGAAUCUUCAAAGAGUUUCGACCAUCUGAACCUUACUUGGUGCCUAUUAUGACGGAACCACCAUUAAACUUUACUGCAGCACAGGUGUCUCAAGAAAUUUUCCCUGUUUCAACAUACUCGUCAUUUAUCUUUCUUGUAAUGGUCUUCUUAAUCACGGAUUUCAUGCGUUACAAAGUAAUCAUCAUAUUACAAGCAAUUUGUGCCACAAUUACAUAUCUAAUGAUCAUCUUGUGUAGAGGAGUUUUUCUAAUGCAGGUAAUGCAAGUGGUGUAUGGUCUGUACAUGGCAUCAGAGGUUGCGUACUACACAUACAUCUAUGCCAAGGUAGAGAGAGCCCAUUACCAAGAGGUAACCAGUUUCACCCGCAGUGCCUACUUGCUAGGCAGGUGUCUAUCGGGGGUGGCGUCUCAGUUGGCGGUAAACUAUAAUCUCACCACAUACGAGGGCUUACUAUGGAUAACAGUCGGAAGUGAAGUUCUUGCUUUAAUUUGGGCAAUAUUGCUACCUUCAGUUGAUAAGAGUAUGUACUUCCAUCGUGACACGUCACCAGAGCAGAAGUCUACCAGCGAGAAUGAACCUGAUAAUAAAAGCAACAAAUGCAGUCUGGUAGCUAACUUCCUCUGGACUGACUUCAAAAGUGGCUUCACUAACGCGUACGUUGUAAAGUGGGCUUUGUGGUGGUCACUGGCAACGUGUGGUUACUACUUGGUCACCUCUUAUGUCCAAGUCCUCUGGAAGGUUAUAAUCACUGAAUCUGGCUCAGACACUGUUCAAUAUAACGGAGCUGUUGAGACCAUUUACACUAUCUUAGGAGCAUGUGCAUCAAUUAUAAUGGGAAGAGUGACUUUGAACUGGCAGUUUCUUGGAGAGUUUAUUCUGGGAGUGUGCUCUCUUCUGAUGACUUUUCUUCUAAUGACUAUGAGCAUGACAAUGAACGUGUUUGUUGCUUACAUCACAUUUAUUGCACUAACUAUAAUUUACCAAACAAUGAUAACCGUUGCCUACUCAGAAGUGGCAAAAAAUGUCAACAGAGACAGUCACGGUCUGAUUUUUGGGGUGACGACAUUUGCUGUGUAUCUCUUCCAGAGCAUAUUUACAUACAUUGCUUUGCAAGUGUACCAGUUGGAGAUCAGAGUACAGUUUGAAGUUUAUGCAUUAUACUAUGGAGUCUUGGGAGUAAUAUUCAUGGUCAUGGCAUUCGUCAGUUGCAAGGCACAUCUCUUCUCCUGACCAUCAGAUAUAUCUGCUUUAGGUACAUCUCCUGUACAGGAUUUAUCGGAUGGUUGUGUAAAGCAUACUCUUCUGAAGAGGAACAAGAAAGAGAUGAUUCUGAUUUUUUCAUGAAAAUGUGUGACUUACAUAUGAAAAGACAAAAACAUAUUGUAUUAUUAUGCAUUUAUUCUAAACUAAUUCUAUUGUACUUCAUUCUGAAUGUAAUGACUGAUUAUUUAAUGUAUUAAUAUAUAAAAUUUAAAAGUUUUAGUAACUGUAAGAAUAAUUUUUAUUACAAUCCAUUGUUUUUUUUUUAAAUCAACAAACACUUUUGUAGAAUUAAGAGGAGUGUAUUAUCUAGCUAUAACUUUUUUAUAUCCAAUACAUUUUUUACUUCAUGUUCUUCAA